AUGUUCCGCACUGGCAUACAGCUAGCCAAGAAGUGUCCUCGCCCAAACCCCUUCAAUGCCAAGUUCCUGACGUCUCUGCAGGCCGACGGCGGUAGCGCCAAGUACUACAAGAUCAACGAGAUCAGUGCCAAGUACUGCCACCUCCCUUUCUCCAUCCGUGUUCUCCUAGAGUCCGCGGUGCGCAACUGCGAUGAAUUCGAUGUGACAUCGUCGGCGAUAGAAAGCAUCUGCGACUGGAAGGUUAACUGUACUAAGGGAAUCGAGAUCCCGUUCAAGCCAGCUCGCGUAGUGCUGCAGGACUUCACUGGCGUACCAUGCGUCGUGGAUCUGGCAGCCAUGCGUGACGCGAUGAAGCGCCUCGGCGGUGACCCGCGCUGCAUUAACCCGCAGAUUCCUGUCGACCUUGUCGUUGACCACUCGGUGCAGGUGGACUGCAGUGACACGCCGGACGCGGUGGAGCAAAACCAGAAAAUGGAGAUGCACCGCAACCGCGAGCGCUUCGAGUUCCUCAAAUGGGGCUCGAAGGCGUUCGAGAAACUUUUGAUUGUCCCGCCGGGCUCUGGGAUUGUGCACCAGGUAAACCUCGAGUAUCUCGCCCACGUUGUGUUUAACACGGACGGGCUGCUAUACCCGGACUCCGUCGUCGGCACCGACUCGCAUACGACGAUGGUCAAUGCUCUAGGUGUCAUGGGGUGGGGUGUUGGCGGUAUCGAGGCCGAGGCUGGCAUGCUCGGCCAGUCCCUCUCCAUGGUGCUUCCGCAGGUUGUUGGCUACAAAUUCACUGGCAAGCUGAUGGAGGGAUGCACGGCAACCGAUCUCGUGCUUACCGUCGUGAAGAACCUUCGUAAGCUCGGUGUGGUAGGCAAGUUUGUCGAGUUCUACGGCCCCGGUGUCGACGCGCUCUCAGUCGCUGACCGCGCCACCCUGGCCAACAUGGCGCCAGAGUACGGUGCCACCACCGGCUACUUUCCGAUCGACGAAGAGACGAUCAAAUACCUCAGGAGUACGAAUCGCACCGCCAUGCACGUAGCCCGCAUCGAGAACUACGUCAAAGCUGUUGGGCUCUUCCGCACGGGCAACGAGAAGAUCGAGUACACGCAGGACCUGGAACUGGACCUCUCCACGGUGGUGCCGUGCGUUGCCGGACCGAAGCGCCCACACGACAACGUGCCCCUGAAAGAUCUGUCGAAGGACUUCAAGGCCUGCAUGUCGGCCAAAACUGGCUUCAAGGGCUUCGGUAUCCCGGAGGGGGAGCACGCGAAGAGAGUCAAGUACACCGUCAACGGUCAGGAGGCGACGAUGGAGCACGGUAGCGUCGUGAUCGCGGCUAUCACCUCCUGCACGAACACCUCGAACCCGACCGUACUCGUCGCGGCGGGUCUUCUGGCGCAGAAGGCCCUGAAGAAGGGCAUGAAGGUGGCGCCUGGCAUCAAGACAUCUCUAUCGCCGGGCUCACACGUGGUGACCAAAUACCUGGAAAACUCCGGCCUGCAGAAGAGCCUCGAUGCACUCGGCUUUAGCACGACGGGAUACGGCUGCAUGACAUGCAUCGGCAACUCGGGCGAGAUCGCACCAGAGGUAUCCAAGUGCAUCACGGAGAACAACUUCGUUGCCGCAGCGGUACUCUCUGGAAACCGCAACUUUGAGGCCCGCAUACACCCACUGACGGCUGCCAACUACCUGGCAUCGCCGCCGCUCGUCAUCGCCUUCGCGCUCGCCGGACGCACGAAUAUUGAUUUUGACAAGGAGCCGAUCUCGAAUGGCGUGUACCUGCGCGACAUCUGGCCCAGCAACGAGGAAAUUGCGGAGGUGGUGAACAAGUUCGUGACGCCUGGCCUGUUCAAGGAGGUGUAUGCCAACAUCACAACCAUGAACGCGAAAUGGAAUAUGCUCCAGGUGGAGGAAGGCGAGUUCUACCAGUGGGACCCCAAGUCGACGUACAUCCACAAUCCACCGUACUUUGACGGGAUGACGCUCGAUCCGCCUGGAGCGAAGAGCAUCGAGAACGCUGCUUGUCUCGCCAUCUUUGGCGACUCCAUCACGACGGAUCACAUCUCACCUGCCGGCAACAUCGCCAAAGACUCGCCUGCAGCAAAGUUUCUCAUGAAGCAGGGAGUGGAGCGCAAGGACUUCAACACGUACGGCUCGCGUCGCGGUAACGACGAGGUGAUGGUGCGCGGCACCUUCGCCAACACGCGUCUCGGCAACCGCCUGGUCGGCGAUGGUCAGACGGGCCCGUACACGGUGUACCACCCGAGUGGCGAGAAGAUGUUCAUCUUCGAUGCGGCCAUGAAGUACAAGGCGGCCGGGGUGCCGACGGUAAUCCUGGCCGGUAAGGAGUACGGCAGCGGCUCGUCGCGCGAUUGGGCCGCUAAGGGGCCGUUCCUGCAGGGUGUGAAGGCGGUCAUCGCGGAGAGCUUCGAGCGCAUUCACCGCUCGAACUUGGUGGGGAUGGGCGUCAUUCCGCUGCAAUUCAAGGCCGGCGAGAGUGUCACCUCGCUUGGCUUGACCGGCAAGGAGUCCUUUUCGGUCAAAUUACCUGGAGAGAUGCGCCCGCUUCAAGACAUUGUCGUGAAGUGCAGCAACGGCAAGAACUUUACUGCGGUGCUGCGCAUUGAUACCGAGAUGGAGGUGAAGUACAUCGAGAAUGGCGGCAUUCUCAACUACGUGCUGCGUUCUAAAAUUCAGUAA